AUGAAGGCCACUGUUAUUCUCUCCGCCGUCCUUGGCUUGGUCUCCUCGGCCUCUGCUCACUACACGUUUGACAAGCUCCUCGUCAACGGUGCUCAACAGGGUGGUGACAACACCUACAUCCGCAAGCAUCAAAACAGCUACAUGCCCACCAAGUUCAAAAAUAUCCCUUCGGGCUCUAUUUCGCCGACUGAUGCCGAUUUCUCUUGCAAUAAGGGGGCCACUGCGGCCGCAAAGGUCUUCACCGUCAAGGCUGGCGACAAGGUUGGCCUCAAGCAGGCCUUCGGUGGCACCGGCAUGCUUCACCCCGGCCCCACCCAGGUCUACAUGAGUCCGGUCAGCAAUGCCGCCUCCGAUAAGGGCACCGGGACCUGGUAUAAGGUCUCCCAGUCCCUGCUCUGCAAGGCCGGCAACGCCGAGUCUCUCCGUACUGGCGCGUGGUGCAGCUACGGCGAGGACAACGUCCACUUCACCGUCCCUUCGACCAUCCCUAACGGCCAGUACCUCGUCCGUGGCGAGCACAUUGGUCUUCACGGCGCUCACAACGGUGAGGCUGAGUUCUACUAUGCCUGCGCCCAGCUUGAGGUUACUGGAAACACUGCUACGACCAUGCCUGGCACUGGUGCCAAGAUUCCCGGCGUCUACAAGCAAGCUGAUGCGGCCGUUAACUUCAGUCUUUGGGGCAGCUCAACCUCCUACAACACCAUCCCUGGCCCCGAUGUUAUCCCUGGCGGCACCACCCGCGGCAGCGCCGACGGAUCUUCUGGCGAUAAGUCCGUUACCGUCGCUGGACCCAGCUCCGCCUCGUCGGAUGUUGGCGCCAAGGCCGACUGCUGA